AUGCCAUGGUCUCUGCAACAUCUAACACAGCGUUCGGCAACGCAUACUCCAGCGUCCAAGCCAACAACAUCAACGGCUCGGUCCACAUCGGUACGUUGCGGGACUGCUCGAGGGCCGUCGAGCUGUCAAGAAGAACGAAUUGCUGACAACCCAUCGUUAGGGCACGAGAACACCCUGGGUCGUCUACCGCAGGCAGCCGACGCGCCUUUUAACUCGUUCGCGAAGCAGCACGAGCCUGCCUGCCUCCCUGAUACCCGCGUCGACCUCCUACACGAGAUACACAGCUGGGCGGAUGGCCAAGAUGAGCGGUGCAUCUUCUGGCUGAGCGGGCUGGCGGGCACGGGCAAGUCGACCAUCGCGCGGACCGUGGCGCGCAGAUACCACAACAGGCAGCGGCUGGCAGCGAGCUUCUUCUUCUCGCGCGGCGGCGGCGACGUAGGGCAUGCGGGCAAGUUUGUGACGAGCAUCGCGGUGCAGCUUGCGCACAGCGUGCCAGCAGUGCGACAGCACAUCAGCGACGCUGUUGCAGAGCGGAGCGACAUUGUGAGCCAGUCGCUGCGCGAUCAGUGGCAGCACCUCGUCUGCCGUCCGCUGUCGAAGCUGCACGAGCUGGAAUCAGAGUCGAAAAUAUACGUCGUAGUCGUCGACGCGCUCGACGAGUGCGACAAUGAGUACGACAUCCGCAUCAUCGUGCAGCUGCUGGCCGAGGCGCGGACGUCAAUGACAGGCGUCCGGCUCCGAGUAUUUCUGACGAGCAGGCCGGAAGUGCCGAUCCGGCACGGGUUCGGGCAGGUAGCAGACACAGAGCACAAAGACGUUGUGUUGCACAACAUCUCGCCGUCGAUCGUUGACCACGACAUAGGCCUUUUCCUGGAAGAUAGACUUCAGUCCAUCGGGCGAGAACGCUGUAUGCGCGCUGGCUGGCCUGGCGCAGAGAUCAUCAUGCAGCUGGUGCAGAGCGCAAGCGGUCUGUUCAUAUGGGCUGCCACUGCCUGUCGCUUCAUCCGAGAUGGAAAGCGAUUUGCAGCUAAGAGGCUUGAGACGAUCCUGUGCACUGACAGCAACACUGUCGCCGCGCCAGAGAAGCAUCUCAACGAGAUCUAUGUGACUGUACUCAAGAGCUCAGUCUCGGCGGACUACACAGACAAGGAGAGAGAAGAGCACUGCAACAUGCUGAGGUACGUUCUCGGAAGCAUUGUGGUGCUGCUGUCGCCUCUAUCUGCCAGUGGUUUAAGUGCACUCCUCCACGUGGUAGAGGAAGACGUUCGCCAGACAUUUGAAGACCUGCAUGCCAUUCUGAACAUUUCAGAAGACCGGACCCAGCUGCUUCGUCUGCACCACCCUUCAUUUCGUGACUUCCUCCUCAGCAAAGACAGGUGCGGCGACGACAGCUUCUGGGUAGAGGAGAGGAGCGCACACAAGAAGCUGGCGUCCUGCUGUCUUCAGCUCAUGUAUGCACCUGAUGGCCUUCGACAAGAUAUGUGCAGCCUCUUGAAGCCUGGGACGCUGAGAAGCGAGGUGGAAGAAGAGACAGUGGCCAGCAGCAUGCCGCCUGAGCUGCAGUACGCGUGCCGCUACUGGGUGCAACAUCUUGAGCGUAGCCAACAGAGCAUUGCAGAUAAAGAUGCAGUGCACGUCUUUCUCCAGACGCAUUUGCUGCACUGGCUUGAAGCGAUGAGUCUGAUGGGGGAGACAGGCCAGUGCGUGCGCCUGCUGGCAAGGCUGCAGGCGUUGUCACCUACAAGCGGGUGUGCAGGCUUCCUCCGCGAUGCGAACAGGUUUGUGCUGCGCUUCUGUUCCAUUCUAGCAGAGGCACCUCUGCAGGUGUACUCGUCAGCGCUUGUCUUUGCACCAGAGGCGAGCGUUGUAAGGAAGACAUUGGUUGAUCAGGCCCUUCGGGAAGUGAAGAUGCUGUCUGACAGAGACGCAGACUGGGACGCAUGUCGCAGCGUGCUGGAGGGCCAUACAGACUAUGUCAACGCGGUGGUGUUCUCGCCUGACGGACAGCUGCUGGUCGCCUCAGCAUCUGACGACAGCACAGUGCGAGUAUGGGAGACGGCGACGGGCACGUGUCGCAGCGUGCUUGACAGCCCUUCUUCCUACGUUUACGAGCUCACUUUCUCCCCAGAUGGUAGUGCUCUGCAUACUGACAAAGGAAACAUUCUGCUGCCUCAGGGUCUUCGCCUGACGUCGCCUGUGGAGCCAGAAGAGCAUGCUUCCCACCUCUCAGUAGAUGACCAGUGGGUGCUGCGCAACACGCAGCGCUUUCUGUGGCUGCCGUUUGAGUAUCGUGCAUACAACACAGCCGUAUGCAGGGACAUGGUCUGUCUUGGGUGUCUAUCUGGGCGUAUGGCUUUGCUCAGGCUGCGGUAG